ACGUUUUAUUUGGAUAUUAGCUUCAUAAUUAUAGUGUGUAAUAAUUAUUGUAUAUAGUAAAUAUGGUAGAACAACAGAAACAGCGCAUUGAAUUGGAAUUAUCACAACGCGUAGACGAAUUAGACCGGACAAUCUUGCGUAAGAUGCAGGCUGAGAUGCACGAAUGUGCAGCUCGCUGCUGCAGGGAUACGGCUGCCAGCAUGGAUUCUGUUCAAAGGUGCGUAGAAAACUGUUCAAUUCCAGUGCAACGUGCACAGCAGCAUGUCGAGAAAGAACUAGGAAGCUUCAACAGUAGACUUCAGCGAUGCGUAAUGGAUUGCAAUGAUACGGUAAAGGAUAAAAUGGGUCCGACACCAACGGAUGACGAUAUUUCGAAGUAUACUGGUAUGUUUGAACGAUGCGCUAUCAAAUGCGUAGAUAAGCAUGUGGAAAUUUUGCCUGGUUUGUUCAAAACAAUGCACCAAGUACUUGGAAGUAAACGGUUUUGAACUAUACACUGUGAAUAGCGCGCAUUUAAAGUCCGUUCGCAUAUGAUGUAUCCCAGGAGAAGGAAGUGUGAGCUAUCAUAACGUGUUAUUUUAAUGAUUUCUCUUCGCUACACUUCAAGCCAGUUACAGAGACUAAGAAACAAAUUGCUUUUGUAUUGUUUAUUAUGUAUUUGUAUGCUAAAGAACAAUAUAAUUAUUUAUACAUAA